ACAUUCACGUCUGGAUAUACUGUUUUUUCGGGAAAGUUUUUCUGCCUCAAAUCUCGACCAACACUGGCUUCUUCACAGUAAGUUUAGCACUGUGAAUGACCCGCUGCUGAUGCCCCAAAGGUCUGAAUGGAGUUCCAGUCGCAGAAUAGCCAACAGUUGUAGCUCCCUCAACAGGAUGCUGAUGAGGCCAAGUAUACUUCUGUUUCUGGCUUUAUUCGCCCAGGUUUUAAGGACCCAGUGCCGGCCUGCCAACACUGAUGAAGUCUCUGAGGAAAGGCAAGCAGACCUCUACACCCUCUAUCUCGGGGAUCGUCUGGAUCUGAGCUGCUCUGCCCAGGACUCCCUCCAUGCUGUCAACUGGACCAAAGACCAUGUGGCCGUAGCGGAUGGAGAACACACACGCAUCCGCAACGGACAGCUGGAGAUUGAGACCGUGGAGCUGGCCGACUCUGGCCUGUACGCAUGCACCACCUUCGGCAACCACAGCGUCUAUUUCAAUGUCACAGUCGAUACCCUGGCCUCGUCUGAGGAUGACGACGACGACGAGAAGUCUUCAUCUGAGGAAGCCAAACUGUUAGGCAGUCAAAAGCUGCUGCCAAUGCCCCCACAAUGGGCUCAUCCAGAAAAAAUGGAGAAAAAGCUUCAUGCUGUCCCAGCCAGUAAGACCGUCAAGUUCCGCUGCCAGGCCAGCGGCAACCCAAUGCCCACGCUGAAAUGGUACAAGAAUGGCAAAGAGUUCAAGAGAGACCAUCGCAUCGGAGGCUUCAAAGUCCGUGACAAUGUGUGGACCAUCAUCAUGGAAUCUGUUGUGCCCUCUGACAAGGGAAACUACACAUGUGUGGUGGAAAACCAGUACGGCAGCAUCAAUCACACCUACCAGCUAGAUGUAGUCGAGCGCUCUCCACACAGGCCAAUCCUGCAGGCUGGUCUGCCGGCUAAUCGCACCGCCGUGGUGGGCAGCGAUGUAGAAUUCGAGUGCAAAGUGUUCAGCGACCCUCAGCCUCAUAUCCAGUGGCUGAAGCACAUCGAGGUCAACGGGAGCCGCGUCGGUCCUGACGGCUUACCGUACGUCCGCGUCCUCAAGACCGCUGGCCUUAACACCACGGACAAGGAAAUGGAAGUCCUGCAACUGAGAAAUGUGUCUUUUGAUGACGCUGGGGAGUAUACCUGCUUGGCGGGCAAUUCUAUCGGGUUCUCUCAUCACUCUGCAUGGUUGACUGUUUUUGAAGCUGUCCCGCACUAUCCACCAGCCAACCACACCUACCUGGAGGUGGUUAUCUACUGCGUGGGCUUCUUCUUCAUCGCCGUCAUGAUCGCCAUCGCGGUUAUCGUCAAGAUUCGCACCUCCUCCAAGAAGAGCGACUUCAACAGUCAGCUGGCCGUCCACAAGCUGGCCAAAAGCAUCCCCCUGCGCAGACAGGUGUCUGUGGACUCGAGCUCCUCCAUUCACUCUGGAGUGAUGCUGGUUCGACCAUCCCGACUCUCCUCCAGCGGCUCUCCCAUGCUGUCAGGGGUGUCUGAGUAUGAACUUCCCCAGGAUCCCCGUUGGGAGCUUCAGCGAGACAGACUUGUUCUCGGGAAGCCUCUUGGUGAAGGUUGCUUUGGCCAGGUGGUGAUGGGAGAGGCGCUGGGUCUCGACAAAGAGAAGCCUAACCGUGUGACGAAGGUUGCGGUCAAAAUGUUGAAAUCUGAUGCCACAGAGAAAGACCUGUCAGACCUGAUUUCAGAGAUGGAGAUGAUGAAGAUCAUUGGGAAGCACAAGAACAUCAUUAAUCUGCUGGGAGCCUGUACACAGGAUGGUCCUUUGUAUGUGAUUGUCGAGUAUGCAUCCAAGGGGAACCUGAGGGAGUACCUGCGAGCUCGGCGCCCACCGGGCAUGGAGUACUGCUACAACCCCGAUCAGGUCCCUGUGGAGAACAUGUCAAUCAAAGACCUGGUAUCCUGCGCCUACCAAGUGGCCCGAGGCAUGGAGUAUCUGGCUUCCAAGAAGUGCAUCCACAGAGAUCUUGCUGCUCGCAAUGUUUUGGUAACGGAGGACAACGUGAUGAAAAUAGCUGACUUCGGCCUGGCAAGAGAUAUCCACCACAUCGAUUACUAUAAGAAGACCACCAAUGGUCGUUUACCAGUCAAGUGGAUGGCUCCCGAGGCGCUGUUUGACCGGAUAUACACACACCAAAGUGAUGUCUGGUCAUUCGGGGUGCUGCUUUGGGAGAUCUUCACCCUGGGAGGCUCCCCAUACCCAGGCGUCCCUGUUGAAGAGCUGUUCAAGCUGCUGAAAGAAGGCCACCGCAUGGACAAGCCCUCCACAUGCACUCACGAGCUGUAUAUGAUGAUGAGGGACUGCUGGCAUGCUGUGCCCUCCCACAGACCCACAUUCAAACAGCUUUUAGAGGACCUAGACCGCUGCCUGGCCAUGACAUCCAACCAGGAGUAUUUGGAGCUGUCUGUGCCUCUGGACCAAUACUCCCCCAGCUACCCCGACACCCGCAGCUCCACCUGCUCCUCUGGCGAGGACUCUGUCUUCUCCCACGACGCCGGAGCCGAGGAGCCCUGCCUGCCAAAGUUUCCCCCCCACUCCAACGGGGCAGCCAUUAAGAAACGCUGAUACCUCAUCUCCAUUCAGACAAACAUUGACAUUUCCUCCGCUCCCUGCCUCAUGGGGUUGGACUCUUCCCCACAUUCCCAGAGAUGAAGCUAAAAAACACUGGUGCUCUGUGAGAAAGUGAGCUCGGAGAGACGCCUUGUAGAACGCGAUGGACCACACGGACUGAAGAGAGCAUCCGCUUCUCGGUGGUGACGAUGGUUGUUUUCUUUUUUUAUGGGGCACUUUGUAUUAUCCGGAGUGGCAGUUUGUCACAGUGUCAGAAGAGAGCAGACUCCUACUCUUCUCUCCACUUUGAGCAAUUCCACGUGUCAGGAGAACCGAAAGAACUGACUACGAU